CCCAAGCCCAAAGCCGCCCCCAAGAAGAGCAAGGCCGUGCGCAGACUCAACUUCGACGAGGACAAGACGUCGCCCGUGUCGGGCACGAUCAUCCGGGAGCUGCGCGCCGACGAGGCUCCGCUGGUCGUGCGGAAGGGCGACAUCGACCCCGCGUUCAACGUCGUCGAGGUGACGGAGGAGGCGAAGGCCGAGCUGGCGAAGAUCGAGAACCGCAUCGGCGCGUACAUCUGCCGGCUGUGCCGCGAGCUGUACGAGGACGCCUUCAGCCUGGCGCAGCAUCGCUGCUCGCGCAUUGUCCACGUCGAGUACCGCUGUCCGGAGUGCGACAAGGUGUUCAACUGCCCGGCCAACCUGGCGAGCCACCGGCGCUGCGAUGCUGCACCAGGUGGUGGUGCCGGCCGCCAACUGACACCCGCUCCUCCUGGCCGCCCCCUGGCCGCCGCCGCCCCCCUUCUGGCGCCUCGACCUGCUCUAGAGGUGAGCAGUGAGUCUAGUCAAGUGUACAAACGAAUCUAG